CGGGAAACGGGAAACUUUCAUCAAGUACCGUACAACCCCCCCUUCAAGGGCAAGACGAAUCAAACUACUUCGUCGGUUUUUUCCCACAAAUUCCUUCCUCACCAACAACAUCUCACAGGACAAAUAUCAAGUUCUGGUGAGAGACUGAGAGGUUUUUCUUUAUUUACAAAGUCUGUCAAACGCCCAUCGGCUUUGCAGCUUCAAAUUAUGUCGAAACCUCAUAGUAUCAACGGGAGCGAGUCCGAGUUCGAAUUUAUCGAAACUCCGAAAGCUCCCACUCCUACAUUUGAGAAGUUUGAGGAAUGUGGUGUGCGAACCACCUCGUACCCGUCCAUCAAAAAUGGCCCUCUUCCCGCUGAUGGGCCAGGAUCGGAUACCUUCUCCAACACCCUUCUCUUUUCCUUAAUUGGUGGUGUUCCGUUGUACCUAUCAUGGAAAGUCGGCGGUGGUCUGAAGACUACCAUAUUCUUCGCCUUGUUUACGAGCAUUCCCAUUCUCGCUGGCUACUGGCUUACCAUCUCUUCCAUAAGUCCGAGAAGGAACGAGAAGGUCAAAUACCCCGGGCGACCGGUCGAGCACUAUAUUACCUUUAAGAAGCAAGCCGACAAGCUCAAGUACCAUGGCAGGAGCAAGAUUCCUAUGGAAACUUUCUAUGAAAUGUACUUUGAUGGAGAUGUCGAUUUCAACGGCGAUUGUCUCGAGGUCCUAGAGUAUAGGCAUGACUGGGCAAGCUUUCGUUUUACCUGGGGUCUCUGCAAGUACUUCCUCUUCGGCAUGAUGCCCGAGGUCAUCAUGCACUCGCGAAGUCAAGAUGAGGAGCAGGUUCGUGACCACUACGACCGUGGUGAUGACUUCUACGGCUGGUUCUUGGGUCCUCGUAUGGUCUAUACCUCCGGUGUUAUCUCAGAUAUCGACACUGAAGAGAGCCUCGAACAACUCCAGGACAACAAGAUGGCCAUCGUUUGCGAAAAGGCUGAGUUGAAGAAGGGCGAGUCGCUACUAGAUAUUGGCAGCGGUUGGGGUACUCUAGCCCGAUUCGCUAGUGUCAACUACGGCGCUCACGUUACUGGUAUCACCCUUGGCCGCAACCAAACUGCCUGGGGCAAUAAGGCCCUGCGCAACGCCGGUAUUCCCGAGGAACAAAGCAAAAUUCUCUGCAUGGAUUACCGCGAUAUCCCGGUGCCCGAAGGUAAAUACAAGAAAGUCACUUGUCUUGAGAUGGCAGAGCACGUCGGUGUGCGGAAGUUCGGGUCGUUCUUGAAGCAGGUCUACGAUAUGCUUGAUGAUGAUGGAAUUUUCUUCCUACAGAUUGCGGGUUUCCGAAAAUCUUGGCAGUAUGAGGAUCUUAUCUGGGGUUUGUUCAUGAACAAAUAUGUCUUCCCUGGUGCUGAUGCGUCGGCUCCCCUCGACUUCGUCGUUGCUGGACUCGAAGGAGCCGGAUUCGAAGUGAAGGGACUGGACACGGUUGGUGUACACUAUUCUGCGACUUUGUGGCGGUGGUAUAGGAACUGGCUGGCCAACCGCGAGAAGGUCGAGGCUAAAUAUGGAAAGCGAUGGUUCCGAGUUUGGGAAUACUUCCUCGCUUCUGCUACUAUCGCUUCGCGACAGGGUACCGCUACCUGCUUCCAAAUCACCUUAGUCAAGAACCUCAACUGCACUCACCGUGUUGAGGGUAUCCCAACACAGUUCGCCCUAACCGGAGCACUGGAGGAGGCUCAGUCCAAGGUCGACUUCAAAGCAUGGACGAAGAAAAACGCCGACCAGUUCCCUACCUCGACUGUCCAGUAGAGCGCCACGAUGCAUUCGUAAGGUGCUACAAGCAGACGAGUUAGGAGCGGGAAGAGACUAGGUCUCUGAUCCUUCCAGGCAUUUCGAUGCUGCCAUGUUGCGAUGAGUAAGAAGGGAUAGUUUUAGGUAGAUGUACGCGGAGAAUUAUAGACAUUAAUUUCGAGUAAUGGAGGGGCGGGAGAAAAGACAAAUGAGUAUAGGAAGCAGAGGUAGUGAACAUGGAAAGGCAGGACAUCCACUUCAUAUGAAUAGUAGAUGGACAUGCACCUUCCUCCUAUGAACAAAGUUUGAUCACAGAAUACCGAAUCAACCUCGUGCUUGUGUAGCAUAGCUGAUACAUCUAUACCUCGUAUAAGACAUACGUGCACCAAUGAAGUAUGAUUAGGUUAGAUAGCUGACACGGCUAAUGUUGGUGAUUGAUGGCGAAUAAUGGAGGCGUGUUAUGCACAUAAGCACGUGAGGCGCAGCGAUUAGCCCACUGUGAGCAACUCAUGUUAACCAAUUGAGUUUGCUAGCCGUUGAUAGGUGGCCUGUGCAUUUAGAUAGGUACACACUUUUUUAAACGUUCAACUCCCCAAACUCCCCUAAACUUCCUUAAACCCCCUUAUCGGGAUAGUUCGGGGGCGCUCGGACACGUUUCUCAUUGGUCCAAAAGCCCUUACGCCAAAUUAAUGCCAAGCCACUCCUUGUUCCUCUUGAUUUCCAAGUUCCAUUUGUGAGCUGC